UUCUGCUUUGCAAUUGCCAUCUUUUUUUUUGUAUCUUUACUUCCAACUGCUCCUAAAUCGUACAAAUAUAUAUAGUAUGAUUCCGUCGCCUCUUGCUUUGAUUUCUAUCUUCAUUCCCCCACACCAAUACGCAAAAUUUUGUUUACGCGAAGAAAAAGACUUCAUUUUUAAGUAUUCGCGUAGAUAGAAUUUGACAUAUUGAGAUAUAUAUAUAGAUCAAGCGGAGCAUUCUCAAAAUGGUGGGUAUGGCUCAGGAGAAUCUGGAGAAAAUGGAGGCUCGCCGGAGCUACCGAAACCUCUGGCACACAUCUCUCAUGAGGACUCCCAUAGACGAGCCUACCUACUGCUGCUUUGCACUUUGGUGUGGCCCAUGUGCCUCAUAUUUGCUGCGAAAACGUGCUCUUCGGGAUGACAUGUCCAGAUAUCAAUGUUGUGGAGGGUACAUGCCCUGUAGUGGUAGAUGUGGAGAAAGUAAAUGCCCUGAAUUGUGUCUUUGCAGUGAGGUUUUCUUCUGCUUUAACAAUUCAGUGGCUUCCACCCGAUUUAUGCUGCAAGAUGAGUUCAACAUACAGACCACAAAAUGCGACAAUUGCAUCAUUGGAACGAUGGUGUUUUUUCAAUCACUAGCGUGCAUAUUUUCAAUACUAGCCAUGAUCUCUGGAAUUGAUGAGGUUCAAGAGUUGGCUCGUGCUUUGGAUUGUAUUGCGGAUAUGGUUGCUUGCGUGGUCUGUCCUUGUAUGCAGGCACAACAUAAACUUGAAAUGGAUAAAAGGGACGGCAAGCUUGGAGAUCAACCGGUGAUGUUUGCACCGCCUAUUCAAGAAAUGUCCCGCACAGAUCAAUGCAUCCCUCCGGUAAUCGGAUAUCCACCUCCUAGUGUUUACCCACCUCCCGGUGUUUGCCCACCACCCGGUGUUUACCCACCUCCAGGUGUUUACCCACCAUCAGAUCUAAAAGCUAAUGCUUUUCCUCCGACAAUCUAUCCCAUGCAACCACAACCAGAUCAGGGUCUCCCACCGCCGCUCUACCCUCCAUAUCCAAAAGACCAAAAUGAUCCAUCGGCAACCUAUCCUCCGCAACCGCAUAACCAACAAUUGGCGAUGUAUCCUCCACAGAAUCAACAAGUUUAUCCUCCACAAUCACAGAAUCAACAAUUAGCAGUCUAUCCUCCACAACCACAGAAUGAACAACUCGCGGUCUAUCCUCCACAACCGCAGAAGGAGCAACCAGUGACCUAUCCUCCACAAUCUCAAAACCAGCAUCUAGCAACCUAUCCUCCACAACAACAAAACCAACAACCGGUAGCUGAUCCUCCACAUCCACAAACCCAGGAUGGUCAUACAUUGGCUCCAUCGAAUCCUCCACAAAAUAGCAGUUAUACUCCUGCACAUCACCCACCCACUAACUAAUGUCAUCCAUCCCCCUCGGAAGUUAACUCAGUGAGGGCGGUAUUGAAGUUCUUGUGCUAUGUUCAGUAUUUUUACAACUAUUUUUUAGAGAUAGAAGAAAGACAUGUACAAUUAAAAAUAUCUGGAGAUGCAUUUGAUUGUGGUGGUAUAAUUGGUUAUUCCUUA